UUGCUGGUUUGUUUAUGACGCGGCUCGACGGUCCCGUUAGCCUGACAGCUGACCGACAGGACGCUCGUUGUAAAAAAAAAAAACGCACUCUUCGAUGUCUGACUUCCUGGAGGAUGCCGCGCGGUGAACCGCAGACUUUACCGAGAGAAGAAAGCUCGUUAGCGGGAGGGGGAGGAGCGGCUAGUCGGCGAGUCGGAACACGGGCCAGAUUACAGUGGUUAGCCUAGCAUUCGGCUCAUCUGUAACACUUAUGGCGUGACGUCGGACAGGAAAGCGGCUGGACGAAGGCUGGACCGAGCCUCGUUUAUAACAUAUAUACACUUUAAAAAAGAGGCAGUGUGUAGAGGAAACUGGUGCAUGUGUGUGUCUCGCAGGUUCGGCUUUUAGACGGCUGCCUGGCGACUGAAGGCGAGUUAGCUCGCGAGCUACAAUUCAUGUUAGCAUGGCGUCAGACACAAGUGACACCGAGGAAUUCUAUGAUGCUCCCGAGGACGUUAACUUGACUCCUUCUCCCAAAGUGUCACCGACCAAGUUCACCAUUCCUUCGCCUCUGUUAUCACAGAAAUCAGCAAAAAAGGAUGUGGGCGGCGGAGCGGCCGCAUCCCAGACUCGGCAGGACGACUCCCUACUGAUCAUCGACAGCAUCGUCGAGGAGAGUCAAAAUGGGAACGUCGGCGAGGUGGCCGAGCUGUUGGAUCAGCUGCAGGCGGACGCGAGAGGCCGAGCGGAGCCGAAGGAGGAGAACGGCGCCCGGGAGGCGGCGCCGGCCGCCGCCCCUCGGCUCGCCGAGAGGCCGGAGGACCGUCGGGAACGCGCGGCGGCGAGCAACGGAGCGCGCUCUUUACCCGAACCCUCGGAUCCCCCGAGGCCGUCGGGCGGCUCGCAAGACGGCGCUCAGCCUCCGGACGUCACCGGCGGCUCCGCGGGACUACGGCAGCUGGACGGCGCCGCCGGGGAGCAGGAGGAGGAGCGGAGACCCGCGGACACCUUCGACCGGGCGCUCCCCCCGUUCUCGGACUCCUCCGGGCCCACGAAGCCCCCGCGGCAACUAACGGCCGAGCCGGACAUUGUGGCGAGCACCAAGAAGCCGGCUCCCUCGCGCCCGCCGCCGCCCGCCGGAGGGCCGCCGCCGAGACCGCCGCCGCCCUCCUGGCAGAGUCUGCCCUCCAAGAAGUCUCAGGAGUGUCUGAGGCCGAUGGGACUCGAAGUGUGCGCCGAGGCCGACACCCUGGAGCCGUCCGGCCUGGUUUCCCCCAGCAGCACCGUGAGGAGCCUCACCAAAGAGCUGCAGCAUUCCUUGGACCUGGCCAGCGCCACCAGCGGAGUGAAAGUGGUGACGGCUCAGGAAAACGAGGACGACUCGCCGGAGGGAGGAGGAGCCACGCCGAGCCCCCAGCGGCCACGCUCCGACUCCGGGAGAGAGCUGACGGAUGAACAGAUUCUGGCCAGUGUGAUGAUCAAGAAUCUGGACACGGGGGAGGAGAUCCCUCUCAUCCAGGCGGAGGAGAAGCUUCCUCCGGGGAUCAACCCGCUGACGCUGCACAUCAUGAGGAGGACCAAGGAGUACAUCAUGAACGACGCGGCGCAGUCGGACGACGACGACAAAGCUCAGGCUCCCCUGGUGGACACGGACGGAGGGAAACUCAAACAGAAAACAACACAGUUCAAGAAGUUCCUGGGUAAGUCCGUGAAGAAGGCCAAACACCUCGCUGAGGAGUAUGGAGAGAAGGCCGUCAACAAAGUGAAGAGUGUGCGUGAUGAAGUGUUCCACACGGAUCAGGACGACCCGUCGUCCAGCGACGACGAGGGCAUGCCGUACACGCGGCCCGCCAAGUUCAAGGCGGCGCACAGCUUCAAGGGUCCCUUCGACUUCGACCAGAUCAAAGUGGUGCAGGACCUGAGCGGCGAGCACAUGGGCGCCGUGUGGACCAUGAAGUUCUCCCACUGCGGGCGGCUGCUGGCGACCGCCGGCCAGGACAACGUGGUGCGCAUCUGGGUCCUAAAGUCCGCCUUCGACUACUUCAACAACAUGAGACAAAAAUACAACACUGAAGGCCGGGUUUCACCGUCUCCGUCCCAGGAGAGUUUGUGCUCCUCGAAAUCCGACGACCACGGAGUGAGUGGACUGAACCUUCUUUUUUUUUUUUUUGCAUCUUCAGAAAAUACGAUACGCUAUUUUAUCACGUAA